GAUCAUUUGUGUUUGCAUAACCGCAAUCAUCUUUUUGUUUCUUGGGAUCUUUGUACACUCGAUCACACCAAAAAUGCUUUCCAGAUGAAGAGGCAAAGUGCUAUGGACAAAGAUGGACAUCCCCCCCCCAAGUGAAGCCGCAUACCGCCUGCGCCCGGGAGCCAGGCUUCAUUCGCCAUUCGCCGGCUACAAGGUGCUCUCCGUUAAGGGCGAGGGUACCUUUGGCAAAGUGGCCAAAUGUCGCAAAGCGGAUACGAACAAGACGGUGGCGGUGAAGAUGAUCAGGGACCAGGGAAACUUUGCUGUGCAGGCCAGGUUUGAGAUUGAGGCACUCCAGAAAAUCCAAAUGCUGGAAAACUACACGAGUCACCUGGUCCAGUGGAUGAGCACUUUCAGCUACAUGGGCUACAUUUGCCUGGAAUUUGAAUACCUGGACAAGAGUCUUUUCGAUUUCAUGAAGGAGCGACAUUUCAAGCCUCUCCAAGUCAAGGAGAUCCGACCCAUCGUCCACCAGCUCGCAAAGGCUCUGGAUCACCUAAAGGGUGCACGGAUGAUUCACGCCGACCUCAAGUUGGAGAACAUCAUGUUCAUCAACCAUCAGCAGCAGCCCUACCGCGUGAAAGUCAUCGACUUCGGCCUGACGCAUGACAUCGCAGACGCCAGACCGGGCUCGUACAUUCAAAGCCGCCCUUACCGGUCUCCGGAGGUCUUGGUUGGGGCGCCGUACGACGAGGCUAUCGACAUUUGGUCCAUGGGCUGCGUGACUGCUUUUCUGUACACGGGUACACUGAUUUUCCCGGGCAAGAAUGACUACGAAAUGAUAACGUACAUCACAGGGACUCAAGGAGCCUUUCCAGACAGCCUUUUGGUCUCUGGAAAGAAGACGGAACACUUUUUCCAUCAGGAAAGUGAAACCAGUCUGUGGAGCCUGAAGACGUCGGAAACGUACCAGCAAGAGACCGGAAUAGCAGUCAGGAUGGCCGAGAAGUUCCAGUUGAGCUCUCUUGACCACCUCCUCCAACUCCAGCAGUUCCAGUGGUGUUACACCAGACACCCCUCGGACCAGGUUGUGUACUCGGCCGAUAAGCUGAUGUUUGUGGACAUGUUGAAGGGGAUGUUGCGUCUGGACGCGUCUCUUCGGAUGACGCCCCGCCAGGUGUUGGAGCAUCAGUUCAUCAGCAUGAGCCACCUGUGGCCUCACUUUGCCAUCAGCCCCCAUGUUCGGUUUUGCUGUGGAAUAAUGGCUGCCUGCGACUGUAAGGAACCUCGUGGUAAAAAGAAGGAAGUGUUUCCGCAGAAUCUGGGCAGCUGCGUCUGCAACAAGAAGCAGUCGGGGCAGAAUAAGAAAAGCAAGGAUGGUGGUGAGGCGGGACAAGGAAUUACCCAUCCCAAAAAGCGAAAGAACGAUGCCGGCUGUCAGCGCAGAAAAAACACUUGCAUCGCUGACCAACUACACGUGAGACGUCCGGCGGACUCGGUGCAACCAAUCCAAACUUGGUCCAAGGUCUCCAAGAAUGCAAGGCAGCAUCUGGACGUUCACGCGGCAUCUGAAACAAAAUCAAGGGUGUGGCUAAGAAAGGACACCAGUAGGUUCAAGCACUGGAAAAAGAACGCAAGGCUAUCGCAACCACGUCCGACUUCCCCAGCCCCCGACUCCAACCUCCUCGCUAGCAUACCCCAAUAUCGACCCCUGACCCCUUCGCCUCUGAAAUGGAAUCAAAUGUAUGGUCCGAUGGACGUGAAGAUGCUUCGGCAACUGGAAUAGGGAAUAGCAUCUCAAGCACGGCUUUCCCGAACUCUGACCAUGACCUCCCUGAAAUCUAAUCCGAGAUGAAAUCCAGAGUGUGGCUCAGGAAGGACACCUGGAGGAUUCAGGAACAGGAUCAAGAACAUUCCAACCAUCCUUUACCCUUACCUAGCUAACCCUUGCAUUCACUAACACUAACCCCCGCCCCCCCCCCCCAACCAAGCCGCCCUCCUUUCCCCCCCAAAAUAAACCCCUAUCAUGGAUUGCAGGUGAUUGUGAUGGGAGUCUGUGCGUUGUUUUGCAUUCCUCUUUGCGUAAAGUCUGAUAACAGGAAAAGAAUUUCAAAAUAAAGGCCAACAAAUGGCCAAUCUUCCUCCUACUGUGA